AUGGCAUCCUCAUCCAAGGCUCCGGUCAAACCCAUCAAGCUAGAGCCCGAUCAGGUGUACAUUCAUGUAUCAUACUCAUCUACUGAACCUCCAUCAGCUGUAUCACUCAAUAAUGUCGAAGCGAAGUAUCUGGGUCCGUUAGGUGAAUUAUCUGGAGAAGGGAUUUAUCAAAUUCAAUCUCAUGGACAACCUGUCAAGAGGAAUGAUGAGAAUUGGCAGAAUUCGCAGAAAGAUUUGCUGGAGAGAGUGACAAGGAGUGAAGGGGUAAAAAGCGUCAAAGUUAUGGACGAACCUAAACAACGCGCUAAGAGAGAUGAAUUCUGA